CUUUCAAAUUAUUUUUCAACUUCAAAGUUAUUAAAAUGCACAGAAGAAUAGAAGAAAUGAGCCUUUGUAUUAGUUUUUUUUUCUUUGGGGGGGGGGGGGGGGGGGGGGGGGGGGGGGCUCAAUAUGCCCCUGUUCAACUACAGAACCAAGGUACCAUGUUUUGUGAAUGUAUGGAGGGCAAUAUAGGCCUGUAACUGACCGAACAUGUAAUAUAGUUAUAUACCUACAUAAAUAGUUAUUUAAUAGUUUUUCAAUUUAAAUGUGCUCUCAUAAUUCAUCUCAAAUGCAUGUUUUUUUUUCAAAACAAAUAUUCGUCCGAUAUGCCCCGUACACAGGGCUAAUAGGCUACAUGGCGAUGGACUAAGAGUAAGGCAUGUAGGCUUAUGAACUUGACUUUAUUAUUGAGUGACUUAUUGAUAAAUACAAAUAAGAUAAUUUUCUUUGUUGAUAUUUAACCCUAACUUUAUCUAACUAGGCCACUAGUAUUGUCCUAGAACUGUAUAUGACUUUUGUUUAUUUAUUUUACGAGACAGGAGAUAUUCUAGUUGCACAUUAGUGUGUCAUCAUGACAGAUACCAACUUGUCAGCUGUUUUGUAUAAAACACAAGAUCUAAGACUGGUUGAUCGUCCAAUACCGGAACCUGGCCAAGGGGAGGUUCAAAUAUGUAUGCAGAAGAUGGGAAUAUGCGGCUCCGAUGUCAAAUUUUGGCAAAAGGGAGCUAUAGGUCAUUUUGUGGUUACUGGCCCCAUGUUGCUCGGUCAUGAAUGUUCUGGUGUUAUCAGUAAACUUGGUGAAGGGGUGACUAAUUUGAAAGUUGGUGAUCGUGUAGCAAUAGAGCCAGGUAUACCAUGUAGAAAAUGUGAAUGGUGUAAAAGUGGUCGCUAUAAUAUUUGUCCUGAUGUAUUCUUCCUGGCCACGGCUCCUGAUAGCGGUGCUUUAGCUAGAUAUCACGUACAUGCUGCCGAUUUCUGUUUCAAAUUACCAGACAAUGUAAGCUUUGAAGAAGGAGCUUUAGUUGAACCUCUGUCAGUUGGUCUUCAUGCCUGCCAACGUGCUGGUGUUUCCUUAGGAAGUAAAGUUUUGGUUUGCGGAGCAGGUCCUAUUGGAUUGUCAACCAUGUUAUCUGCUAAAGCCAUGGGCGCAGCUGUAGUUUGUUUGACAGAUAUAGAUGAAAAGAGACUGGAGUUCGCCAAAGAAAUGGGAGCCGACGUGACAGUUAAAAUCGAAUCUAAAGACGUUCUGGAAGUCGUUGGCAAGGUUAAAGCAGCGCUUGGUGGUAUGCCUGACCAAUCUGUAGAAUGUAGUGGUGCUGAAUUUUCAGUUAAUCUUGGUAUUCAGGCAACCAAACCAGGUGGUGCUUUCGCGGUGGUAGGACAUGGUCCAGACCCAGUUGCUAUACCAAUAACAGCUGCUAUCGCUAGAGAAAUUGAAAUAAGAGGUUCUUUCAGAUACAUGAACACAUGGCCGACAGCUAUAGCCAUGAUAUCGUCAGGCAAGAUCAAUAUUAAACCAAUGAUAUCACACAGAUUUAAACUGGAGGAAACAUUACAAGCUUUUGAAACAGCCAAAUCUGGUGCAGGGGUUAAAGUGAUGAUAUCUUGUAAUAAAGAAUGAACGAGGGGCAUUAAUAAAACCGUUUUUAACUUAAUUUUUACAUGCUGACUUCUGAAACCCUGAUGUACACUGUGAUACCAAAGCCACAUCUUUGACCAACACUACAGACUUUAUGGCAAUGUGAGCCAUUGAAGAAAACUGUCAAAAAAAACUAUAACAUUUGCAAUGUCCUACAGUCUUGAGAUUGAGAGAUAUUUUACAUGUAAAAUUAUUGACACCAAUACAGAGGAUUUUAAAUUAUAAA